AUGAUCUUUCAACGCUGCACGCAGAACGUGUCCUCCUCGCCUCGUCCACCUGCGAUUGAGAAUAAAACGAGCCCUUUAGAUGUAGCUGUUAAUUCUCCGGACGUGGCGUUGCCUUCACAACCCCAGCCAGGGCCAGAUUUUCCGCGUCAAAGUGUAGAAAGCUGUGAUUCAACAGAUCAGGAUGUUUUCUUAUGUCCCGAUCGUCUAAAACUUUACGCGAGGACAGCUCAUCUAUAUGAUAAAACGCGCUUCGAACUCUGGCACAGACGGUUGGACCUACAGCUUCUCUUUGCUGGGAUAUUCUCCGCAAUUAUUUUACCUUUGAUUGCAGAGACCUAUCCUUUCCUGUCCGAGCCUGGCCCACCCGCAUAUGCAAUACGCAUCAACGCUUUUCUUUCGAUCUCUUUGGUAAUCAGCGUAAUGACUGCAGUGUUCUCUUUGCACUGCAAGCAGUGGAUGGACGGAUAUGAUGUCGACCUUCUUCCUCGCUCCGAAGCCUCCGAUGACAUUAAAACUUUGGCUCACGCUUGCAGAAUACAUCAGUAUCGCUUUCAAGCCCUUGCACGGUAUCAUUUUCCGUCCAUUGUCGGUUUGGGAGCUAUGUUCAUCUAUAUCUCCAUUGCCUUUUUUUCUGUGGCUUUGGUCGACUUUUUCUGGCAUCUGUACAGUCCCAUUGGGAUCAUGCUUGCUGGCCUCAUCGGGAUGACGAUCUCGUUGCAUAUCCUCACGAGUCUCCAGCCCUGCAUCUCAUCGGACUCACCUUUCAAGUCACCAUUAUCCUAUCUCCUGGUGAACCUUUGGCUCGGGGCCCUCGAUGGCCAACUGGCAACGAACGGGAGAUCCGAGCGUCGGGAAAACAUGGACGUGGAAGGCAUGAAGCAUCGUUUGGAUGAUGCGAUAGCUCGCUGGUCGACUUCUGACGCUCUAAAGCGUCCCAUGGGAUAUCCGUAAAUGCUUUCUUUUGGUACAAAUGGCCGAGGUAGCUCCGAGCCGAAGUUUACAAUCUAAUAUGUACAUCUAUUGGCUAUUGGUAAAGGAUGUCAUUUUUGACGGCAUCCAAGGUGGAGUACAGCGGAUAGACCACGAAAGGUUCACUAUAUUCAUUUGUGAUGAAUGUCUUGUAUACAUAAUGUAUGUGCUGAUAACGAUAUGGAUCUGUUCUAUAAGUGUC